AUGCAAGAUUUGCCAUACGACGUCUGGCAGGUCAUUGCCUCUCACAUUCCAGCGAGGAGACUAUGUGCUUUAUAUGAUGUCAACAGGCCGCUGGUCUUGGCCUCCAUGAACAUUCGAGACCCGUUCGUUGUUAAACGUGUUCGUUCACUCGUCCUGGGGCCUUCCUUGGCUGAAGAAUUGUUUGAGCCGCGGGGACGGUGGGCUAAACCGGAGAAUCCCUUACUGCGAAUGAGGAACGCCCGAGGAUACUUCAAGCAAGGGAUAAGCUCUGGCGACGUCAUUGCAAAUAUGGUCAGCGUAGUGCGAGGUUUCAAUGAUAUUGCAGAGUUGACCAUCGAUUCGGAUUCAGACACGCUUUUCCCUCUCGUCAGAGCCAUCCUCGACUCUUCGCGCACAAGUCUUCUCAAACUGAAGAUCUCGGGAACACAUGUCUUCGUCCUAUCGUUUCUUCCGUUGGAACUUACGCUUCCGAACCUCAUACAUUUUGAUGUCACAUUGGAGGAACCAGGCAGUUGCACCCUGGAUUCAACCCCAACGCCACUUCUCAAGCAUUUAGCAGCCUUCAUUACCACCCAUGCAAACACCCUUCAAUCGGUAGCGCUGGUCCUUCCAAAGCCCCUGGAUCCUACAGAAAUCUUUGAUCCUCUCCUAGAGGCAUUGAGCCGCAUUGCUCACCCCCGUGAUCUCAGAAUGGCUUUACCAUUUCAUUCAAUACCAUCCUCCAAACUGCGAUCCUUGGUAGAAUCCAUUGGCAGCAGUCUUCAGGAUCUCUGCUUACGCACCAGAUACACACCAGCCGAGGAAAACAGCGUGCUGUCCUGGAUCCUAACCAAGCUUGACCUGCGUUACGACGUGUCUCUUACUUACAAGGAUUACGACUACGAGACCUUGCUCCACUUUUUGGAAUGCCAAAACACGAUCAAGUGCUUGCACCUCGAGGUGCCUCUUCUUGACUCUCGUCUCCUCACCCAACUUGCGAGGAACUUCGAGAGCCUUCAAUGGCUUUAUCUGACGUUCUGGCACGUGGAACUGCAUACAGAAGAAAGGGACCCAGAGAAAGUGCGAGCUAAUCCAAUUGCAUACUUCCGUGCAGAUCUUGACGAAGAGGCACUUGGAAAAUGGACUUUGAGACAUCUCCGAAUGGCUUCCCCUCGUUUCUCGAGGAAAGUCGUCAAGAUGUACGCGAACUCUGUUGCGGGGGGCUUACCAAAACUUGAAAGUUGGACGUCUUUUCGACGACAACGACUUGUUUAA